AUGGAGAGUGUGCGCGCCGCGGUCUACCUGUCCGUCUGUCUGUCCGUGCUGACUUCCCUCUGCCAGGGUCAAAGGUCAGCCGACAACCAGCUGCCGUCUGCAGCGGACGAGCCGAUGCUCGGUUUCACGACCGACGAGCUGGCUGAAGCCCUGCAUGGCUUCCUGGAUGACAGCAGCUUUGGUCUCUCUGUGGAGAAGAAAGCCAGCGUGAUCCCUCGGUGUGAUGUUGGCGAGCGCUGUGCGAUGAAACAUGGCCCUCGAAUCGGUCGACUGUGUGACUGUCUGAGAGGAACGGCCUGCAACACCUUCUUCCUCCGCUGCUACUGA